CUUGGAGAUCUCUUCUGCAACAAAGCCAGUAUAGCUUAGCGGUAGGAGCAGUCUAAACAAAAUCAUUUCUAACAUGCUUCGCCCAUAUUUAGUUUGCAAAGAAAACAAGCUUUAGGAUUACAAUCACAAUCAUGUUUCAAAUGAAUGACUUUAAUAGGAUACCGUGGGUAGUCUGCGUAGCUUGUCUGGUUGUAGAGGCUGAGGACAGAUAGGGGAAAGAGAGGAGAGAUGUUAGAAAAUGGCUGUGUCAUUUUAUAGUUAUAAGUGUAUAGUAGAAAAACACGAGAAACAAAAGGGCGAUGAAGAAAUAGACAAGACUGCAAAUCAAUACAAAGUGUCAGUAGAGCAAAAUGGGUGUAACUUCAAUUCACUUAGAAGUGAAAUGUGAGCAAUUUCAACAUGGGUGAGUAACUCCUUUUUCCACAUGCUGGCUUCACUUUGCCAGUGCAGGAAAGAGCCCAUAUGAACUCAGACAGAGAGGAAACUAGGGUUUAAAGGAGGUGAAGUAUUUGAUAGUUUGAAUACUGAUACUGAUCACGCUGACAGCAACCCAAUCAGAAGGAGGCGGCUAGAAUAAAAGAUUAUCCGCGCAGCCAAGUGUAUUAUACAAACCUAAAGUGAGUGAAUGGAACAAGUGGUGGAUACUUAAGGACCUGGUCCAGUUUUGGGGAAUUUUAAGUCUGGAAGUUCACUGCGAGUGAAGUUGUAAGUGAAAAAGCAUUUGCAAGUUGUCAUGGUAAAGAUGUCCUAGAGUAGUCCUACAUUAUUGCCUUAUUGAUGAAGUUUCAUAUAUAAAAUGUACCCAUCUGACAUGUUUUGACCUUUUUCUUUAGCUAUAGUCAGCAGCUCGUUUACGUCUGUCGUUUUUGUCAGGAAACCAAAGCACUGUAGCAAAAAACUGACAAAUCAUUAUAUACAUAUGAAAUUGGCUUGGUUCAUAAAGCAUCAACACAGUAGCUUAUGAACAGUUGUAUACUUAUUCUGUUCUUGAUAUUUUCUCCAUAAUCGGCUUUGGCUGUGAGUGUAAGUACUGUAUGUUGUUUCCACAUUGUUUUUGGGGCACUUACCGCAAAAUACCAAGCAAGCAUCCAAGGUCCCAGGCCGAGGACUUAGGCCGGACAUUUCCUGGCAUAUUUCUGCGCAUGCCUCUGAUUUAUGAAAGCUGCUGGCAGCUAGGAGACAUCUCACUCUGUCUGAGCAGUCAACUCCCCCUCCUCCGUUUACCUCGUCUCAUAACCUACCCUCGGAAUGUGACUUUGCGCAAGGCUGUGUGACCGCUAUUUAUAGUGGGUCACCGUGGUGACACAGUUACCUUAAUGUGCUAUACAGUAACGGACAGAGUGUUUAAUGGUAGCAGGAGAUGGCUCAGUGACAAUGAGAGAUGUGUAUGUGUGUUCCCUAACCUGAGUUUCCCUUAAGAAGACAGUUUUAUUUCAAUCAACAAUAAAUCCUUCAGCCGUCUAAUUUUGACUACUAUCCUCUUAACUUUUGCACUUCUACUAUUUGUUUACUUUUGGAUGUUUAAAUAGACUGUGGACAGCAUCCAUCUGUAAUUGUGGUGAACUUCUAGAAGAGCCACAGGCAGACGGAAAGGGUUGGCUUGUUUUUAUCCACCAUCAUUUCAUGACCCCAGGCCACAUGCAGAAAUAGCACCGUGGCCGGGGCUUGUAAGAAGGCUUUGGUUGCUGUCUGUGACUGAACACUGAAAUAACACACUCAGACAUGCUCGUAUGCAUUAUUUCCCUCUUUCUAAUACACAUUACGUACACACACAUGCUCAGGCGUUGUCUUGGUAUCUUUCCUGGUUUUUUUUUAAAAUAAGAAAUAUAAAUGUACAUAUUUACCACAGAAUGGACAAAUCCAUCUACUUAAACACACUCAUUCUCAAAUAAUAAACACACAAAAAGCCUCUAUAACAGAUAAUACCCUCUUAACACAAUGACCUUAUGCAAACAAACCAGACCACCAAGAUAUACAUCUUCAUCAAAUUCUGUCAGUUUUCAGGCCUUUUUUCUCCCUGACUUGUUUUCAACGUUUCUAAAGUUGCAACAUUCUUUGGUUCAUUUCUUGGCCCCACUAGAGUGAACUUCCCAGGGGAAAUGCCCAGGGUUUUUUGCUUGAAAAUGGCAUUGAAUAGAGGCAAAGUAAUAUCAUUAAUGUAACAAAAAUGUCCACUUGAACCUAAUAAAAUAGACACAGAAUCAGAAAGUCUGUUGUAUUUGUGUUGAAAGAUCCUCUUUGUAUGAGUGGUUGUUUCCCUAAAAACUGGCACCCGGAGUACCAUUUGAUUGAGGCCACAUGCAUCCUCUGCAGACAUAUUUCCUGCACUGCAUCCUGUGUUAGAGAAGUAGCAUAGAAAAGAGACUUGCACUCUGAACCCUGUGUGUGAGUUCUUUCAAUCCCUUCUCUCUUCUCCCUCUUCCCCCCCUUGAACCCACUCGUCCCUGUGGUGCAUUAUCCCCCCACUUCCUCCACCUUCUCUUCCUGCCACUCCUUCAUUCUCUUAAUUCCAAUUCCUCUCAUUCCUGGCUUGCUUGUCUCUCCGUCUGGCUCUCUUCUUUUUCUCCAAAUCCCUUAUCUCCACUGACCUUUCUCCACUGUCUCUCUCCCACUCUAUCCCCUUGCAUCUCCCGGCUGCCUUCUCUCUCCUCCUCCGUGCCCUCUGCACUCCCUGUCUAUCUCUACAGCUGGAGGCUAGAGAGGGUGCUGGUUUGGUCAGUGGAGGGGUCCAGUCAGCCGCAGGUCCUCGAUCUGUGGCGUCACGGAGUGCUCGAGAGCAGCACGGCGAGACAUCGUCUCUCCGCCUGGAGAGGGAAGAGCAGCGGAGGCUCCUGGCGGACACACACUCCACAGCCAUGGACCUGCGCUGUCGCCUGGAGCACAACGAGAGGGACUGGGUGAGGGAGAAAGCCGAGCUGCUGGAGAGGUUUGAUUUGGAGAGGAGGGAAUGGGAGUGCCAGCUGAUGGAUAUGCAGAGAAAAAUAGAGGAGCUGUACUGUGACGUGGGGACCAAGCGAGAAGAAAGCGGGCUGGCCAGUGGGAGGCAGCAGGACGAUGAUGCUGUUCACAGACUCAGCAUCCGCUCGUCCAGCACCGGCUCCAGUUUGCUUAGUGACAGCGAGCCGCUCAGCAGCAGCAGUCAGUCGGAGUCCAUCACAUAUCCACCUUUACCCAGUUUCAGUGGCAACAGAAACAGCAGCAGUGAAUUUGUCCGCAGAGACGGUCUCCACACCUCUUGCUUACACGCAGACAGCCUGAAUAAAUAUGUUGAUGCUCAGUUCACUCAGAAUGACCACUCACAACCUGAGCUGCUGGAGGAGUUAAGAUACAGAGGCACCUGGCAGAAAGACUCAGACUAUGAUAGCAAGAAAGCUGUGGAUAUGAAGGAGUUGGAUGCUAUGUUUCAUGGAGCUCCUGGCAGCGGAGAGCAACAGAAAAACGUCUCAAAUGUCACUGAAGGCAAUGUCCAUGUUAGUCCUGAAGAAAGCCUUCAUUGGGCAGAGCUGAGUUACGGAACUGAGAAGAAGAGGAACACCACUGCUCUCAAUGCUGCUCUGAAGGAGAUAGCCCGUGUCAGCGAGGAGCUUUGCAGCUACCAGGAUGAGAUCAGAAAGAAGAGUGGGGAUAAGAGGACUCGAUCUGAAUCCCUGACCUUACCUGAGGAGAGCGACAAGUUGUUAAGUCACGAUAAAACCCAACUGGAGGUGGAUGAUCCUCCCUGCGACCUCAGCCAGAUUUACGAUGACUUCCGGGCCUUGGAGAGGGAGAACUGGAUCACCAUGUCACCCGAUAACACCUGGCGGGAUGACAGAAGGCCGAGCAAAUCCUGGAGAGCAAACUCAGCUGAUCCAGACAGCUACCGAGAAACACAGACGAGCCCUAAACUACUCUUUGAGGUCGAUGCAGAGGCUCCACCCAUCCCUCCCCGCAUCACCUCCUGGAUUCAGAGCUCCCCCACCCACCCAGACACUGAACUCUACAUCCCAGAAUCCCCCAUGGCCACAAUAGAGAAGUGCCAAAGCCCCUCUGUAAUUGUGGAUAAAAAAUGUAGCAGCCCGUCUAUUGUCAGGAAGUUCGAGGCUAUGCUUCAAGAAAACGAAGGGAAAGUUUUAAAAGACGGCGUCGUAGCAUCCUGCGCUGUGCCUACUAACUCUGAACGUUAUAUGGGCUGCUGCCACAACCGCUGGUCCUGUGAUGGAACCAAGUUUACCGGCAACAAGCUGUCCACAUGCGGGACUGUCCAGAAGAGCCUCUCUGAAGUCAACAUAUUGACUGCUGGAAAAAAUGAUUACUGCCCAGGAAACCAUAAAAGCCCGGAGCUACAAAUGCCUCCGACGGUCAAAGAAUUACCUUUAGAUCUGCUCUUGUCCUCUCUUGACAUACCGCCUGCUGCCCCCAACCUCAAGGGCUCCAGAAGAAACAUACUGCUGGAGCAAAAAACUGCUGAGUUCAACAGGACGUUGUUUCAGGCUGAGAUGGGCCGUGGCGUAAAGGAGAAGGACAGUUUAACAGCAGCAGAUGCUGGCAGCCAACCAGUCUUUCCACCAACUUCGGCAUCAGAUGAGAUUUUACCUCCCAGUGAGAAGUCAUGUCAGCCACAUUGUACUGGUGUCACCACUACAGUCAUUGCUAUGCACCAUGUCAUAUUAUCUCCCUCCACCUCAAAUGCAACACCUCAGAACCACAAGGUCCAGCCAAGGCAAAUGAGAUGUAGUCCUGAGGGUCACGAGGUCAGAAUGAAGCAAGAAAUACCCUCUGAACCUUCAUCCGAACAGAUUAAAGUCAGGGAGGCUGCAACAAUCAUCUCCCCUGCAACCCGUUCUGAGGUCACGCACAAAGUUUCUACAGCGAGCAGUCCUUCCAGGAAAACCCAUCACAGAGCGGCUACAGAGCCUCUCUUCCCUGAGCCUGCAAACACCCAGCCACGUCAGAAUGGGGACACUUCCAGCUCCAAGAAUGGGAAUCCCCAUGGAGCAAAGUGUCAGUCAGCCAGAGGUGGCGUCUCACUCCAGACACAGCCAGGGCAGCAGGCACAGCAGAAACCUGCUCCUGCUUCCCAGUCGGACUCCUCCAGGCCCGGGCCUCGAAUGAUGAACGAGCAUCCCUGGAAGGCCCUCACUCUGGCUGCAUACCCACGGCCCGAGGGAUCCAGGUCCAACUACGGGGCGGUGGAAAGGAUUCUGAAGAAUUACGAGAGCGCAGCCCGGGCUCAGCUGAACCAGAGCCAGCCAAACGAGCCGGCUUUGAGUCCAAACGCCUGUGUUGGGCAGGACAUAGAAGUGGACAUGCUGGACAUGAACCCUCUGCACUUACCACCCACUCUGAGACACACGCAGAACUCACACAGCUCACACACCACACACUCACAGCUCAGCAGCUACAGCAACAUGUGUGUGGAAGAGGUACAUCUAACAGUGCAGGACAAUGAAGAGACCUCCGACUCCUCCUGCGCUCAGAAGAACUUCUCCAGGCCUGCCCGUCCUGCCAACCGACGCCGCCCCUCCCGAUGGGCCAGCCGCUCCCCCUCCUCCUCCUCCUCACCCUCCCCCUCUCCCUCCACCACCCCCGUUGUGCAGCCAUCCUUCCCCCUCCACAAACACAGUUCCUCUUUUACCUUCUCACAUGCCUUCCACAUAGAGACUGUCAUUAUUUGAUAACCUCUGAACACUUUUCAUUACUGUUGUACAUACCAGACCCUUGUUCACUCCUACAGACUCAGAAGUGCUAUAGUUUUGAUUUCACUCAGUUUUUAGAAUGUACAGUAUGUGGCAUCCAGUGGAGCCUAACUGAGCAAAGAAGGCAAGGAAAGGAUCUGAAGCAGCUUCACACAUUCAGCAGUAUGCUUGGUUUCAUGCAUAGCCUCAGUGGAGUGAACACAUCACGCUCAUUCAUUCGUGCCAACCAUCUGAAUGGACGUCCUACGCUCAGGAUUCUAGCCUUGACUAGUGUACCCUCCACUUCUAUCUUAUAUCUACUGUAUCAACAAAGUGAUGCUUGCUUAUAGUCAAAUGAUCCCAAAAACUUCCAGCCGAAUGAAAUCCAGAAGGAUGUAUUUACUAGUACUGUAUUUUGUAAAUUGUGUGCAACAUGUCUUGUGUGCUUUUUGCACAAAAUAUGCUGUUACACACACAAUAUGCAGCGUCAUGGUGGUAGAGCAGAGAUUUCCCUUAAGCACCUCUCUGUGUGCUGAACCAAGCAGUGUUGAUUUCUGCCUUCUUCAAUAUAUUACACACAAUACAUGCCUGGACCGUACCUUGACGUAAACACUUAGCUUUACAUUCACGACUGGCUUUUUAUUUUUUUUCUCAUGAUUACAGUAACAAUAAAUGUGGGUUUUUUUUAUGACUUUGUACCAAAGCCUGGUUUCCUUAUAUGCAUUUUCCUGAUUUAAAAAUGAAAUGCAUUGUUUAUCACAUUCAAUUUUGCUUUCCCCCCAUUGCUGAUGUUUUCCAGCAUCAAUCAUGAGAGCCUUCUUUUGUGAAUAGCAGUGAUUACCAUGCUUAUGAUAAAAAGAUUAAAAAGCCUUUUUCUACUUUUACUAACUCUGAAUAGUCACAUAUCAGGACAUUACUCAGCCGAGUAGUACAGGUUUUGGGUCAAAGUGAUGAAUCAUAUCAUGAUGAAGGUGAUGCCUUUGCUGUUCUUUUUGUGUAAUAAACUUAAAGACUGAAUGA